AUGGCCCUGAAGUGGCAAUCUUCAAUCCUGCCUCAGCCCAAGAGACCCAGACCGGCUGCUGCCCCGAAGCUGGAGGACAAGUCGGCCUCUCCCGGCCUGCCAAAGGGAGAAAAAGAACAGCAAGAAGCAAUUGAACAUGUUGAUGAAGUACAAAAUGAAAUAGACAGACUUAAUGAACAAGCCAGUGAGGACAUUUUGAAAGUAGAACAAAAAUAUAACAAACUCUGCCGACCAUUAUUUUUUCAGAAGAGGUGAGAAUUGAUCGCCAAAAUCUCAAAUUUUUGGGUAACAUUUGUCAACCAUUCACAAGUGUCUGCACUGCUUGGGGAUGAACAUGAGGCUCUGCAUUAUUUGACCAGAGUUGAAGUGAUGGAAUUUGAAGACAUUAAAUCAGGUUACAGAAUAGAUUUUUAUUUUGAUGGAAAUCCUUACUUUGAAAAUAAAGUUCUCUCCAAAGAAUUUCAUCUGAGUGAGAGUGGUGACCCAUCUUCAAAGUCCACUGAAAUCAAAUGGAAGUCUGGAAAGGAUUUGAUGAAAUUCUCAAGUCAAACACAGAAUAAGGCCAGCAGAAAGAAGCAGCAUGAAGAGCCAGAGAGCUUCUUUACCUGGUUUACUGACCAUUCUGACGCAGGUGCUGACGAGUUAGGAGAGGUCAUAAAAGAUGAUAUUUGGCCAAAUCCCUUGCAGUACUAUUUGUUUCCUGAUAUGGAUGAUGAAGAAGAGGCAGAAGAUGAUGAUGAUGAUGAUGAUGAUGAUGAUGAUGAUGAUGAAGAGGAGGAAGGGUUGAAAGAUACUGAUGAAGAAGAAGAUGAGGAUGAAGGUGAACAAGAGGAGGAUGAGGAUGGAGGAGCAGAAGGAGAGGAGGAUGAAGGUGAAGUUGACUAA